AUCAUUUUCCACCACUUCCUGGUAAAGACCGCCCCCUAGUGGUUCAAUAUGCCAGUUAUGCGGAACAUGGGGCUGGGCUUGUCACUUCAGCCCGCCCCCAGCGUCGAGCCGACCCUGACGUAGCCACUCCUGGGUAGCAACAGUUGCCUUGAGACCCCGUCGCGCCAUAGUGACUGUAGCCGUGGAGACAGUUACUUACCAACGGGCGCAACACUCAGCAACAGCAGCAGCAGCAACAGAAGAAGCAGCAGCAGCAGCAUCUGGAGGUCACGGAGAUAGUAGAACGACACGGGCACAACUUUUUCUCCAAACUAAGCAUGCAGAGCUCAGAGGGCGGGUCCGACACUUCGCCCAGCGUGGCGGCGCUGCGGACGUCAUCAUCAGCCCAGGCCCCUGUGGUACAGCCUGUCCCAGCCUCCCAGCAGAGGGUGCUGGUACAAGCCGCAGGCUCAGUUCAGAAGGGUGGACAAGUACAGCAGCUUUCAGUAUCCAGGGCUCAACAGGUGCCUCAGCAGGUGCAGCAAUCACAGCAUGUGUAUCCAUCCCAGGUGCACUAUGUAGGGGAAGGCGGAGAGGCGGUUUACACUAACGGAACAAUUCGCACGGCCUACUACAACCCAGACGCUCAGUUGUACGGUCAGAACAGUGGGGGAUCGUACUUUGACUCGCAGGCCGGUGGCGCUCACGUUGCCACGGUGGUGUCCUCCGCCAGCGGCGGUGUGCCGCCGCAUAGCAUGGUGGGCAUCGCCAUGGACGUAAGCAGCAGCCAUAUCAUCUCCAGCGGCAGCACCUAUUUGAUCCACGGAGGGAACAUGGAAGGAAGUCGCAACCAUAUAUCUCACUCAUCUCGCUCCUCUUCAGCCAUGCUUGAAAUGGCGAUUGAAAACCUCCAAAAGUCUGAAGGAAUUGCGAGUCACAAAAGCAGCCUGCUCAACAGCCAUCUCCAGUGGCUGCUGGACAACUACGAGACUGCAGAGGGAGUGAGCCUACCCCGGUGCUCCCUCUAUAACCAUUACUUGCGCCACUGCCAGGAACAGAAACUGGAUCCGGUCAAUGCGGCCUCCUUCGGCAAGCUCAUUCGCUCAGUCUUCAUGGGCCUGAGGACGCGUCGCCUUGGAACCAGGGGAAACUCAAAGUAUCAUUAUUAUGGCAUCCGGGUGAAGCCAGAUUCUCCACUAAACCGGCUGCAAGAAGACACCCAGUACAUGGCCAUGAGGCAGCAGCCUGUCCACCAGAAGCAAAGGUUCAAACCUCUGCAGAAGGUGGAUGGGAUGUCUGACAACCUGUGUGUGAGCUCCCACUGUAACAACACCCCGGAACAAUCUGUAGCAGCUCAGAGCCAGCACCAUCAGCAGUACAUCGACACGUCCCACAGCUUGCCUGAGUUUCCAACCCCCGAAGUGGGCAAUCAGCCACUACCCGAGCACAUCAGCAUGAACGAUAUCAAGAAGCUGCAGACGCUCUACAGAGACCACUGCGAGGCUACUCUGGAUGUUGUCAUGAACCUCCAGUUCCACUACAUUGAAAAACUCUGGCAGACCUUUUGGUACUCAACAGCGCCAUCUAGUGAAGGAAGCACCACCAUCCCCAACAGUGAUGAUGAACUGGACGGCGUCCUGCCCAGAGAGAAGCUAGUGGCUCUGUGUAAAUAUGAACCGGUCCGACUAUGGAUGAGAAGCUGCGACCACAUCCUCUACCAGGCCUUGGUAGAGAUCCUCAUCCCCGAUGUGCUGCGUCCCGUUCCCAGCACUCUCACUCAAGCCAUCAGGAACUUCGCCAAGAGUCUGGAGGGAUGGUUGACUAACGCCAUGACCAGCUUUCCUCAAGAAAUCAUCCGCACUAAGGUGGCAGUGGUCAGCGCCUUUGCGCAGACUCUGAGACGUUACACCAGCCUCAACCACCUGGCCCAGGCCGCCCGUGCCGUCCUCCAGAACACCUCACAGAUCAACCAGAUGCUCUCCGACCUCAACCGGGUGGACUUUGCUAAUGUUCAGGAACAGGCAUCAUGGGUGUGUCAGUGUGACGAGAGUGUGGUCCAGCGUCUGGAGCAGGACUUCAAAGUCACCCUGCAGCAGCAGAGCUCUCUGGAUCAGUGGGCCACCUGGCUGGACAACGUGGUCUCUCAGGUGCUCAAGCCCCACCAGGGCAGCCCCAGCUUCCCCAAGGCAGCACGCCAGUUCCUGCUUAAAUGGUCCUUCUACAGCUCCAUGGUGAUCCGAGACCUGACUCUGCGCAGCGCAGCCAGUUUCGGUUCUUUCCACCUGAUCCGCCUGCUGUACGACGAGUACAUGUUCUACCUGGUGGAACACCGCGUGGCUCAGGCCACCGGGGAGACGCCCAUCGCCGUCAUGGGGGAGUUCAGCGACCUGACUUCCAUGAUGCCAGCACUCAUGGAAAAAGACGUGUCCUUCUCUGACGAGAUGAGCGACCUGGGCAGCGAGGCUGACGUGUCCCGAAGCGAGCCGGCCGUCAAGAGGGAGCGCAUCGAAAUGAGCCACCCUCUGCAGGAGAUGUGAGACGUGACACUCACACACGCCCCCCCCCCCAAACCUGCCCUGAAGCGCUCAUCGGUGCAACGUGUACAUUUUCUAUCCCUUAUACAUAGUAGCCAUGAUGUCACGGUAAAUAGAGCUGCACAGGUCUUUGCUUUUGUUUUUUUGUUUGUUUUUUUUUUACUUUAUUUUAAACUGUGAAUGAAUUAGUGCAUUUUUUUUUUAAUUGGGUGUGCUACGUGGUGCUCAUGUGUGCUUUCGUUCAAGUUAGCUGUGCCAUGUUGUCAUUUGAGUGCCUUAGAUUGCUAACGAUGGAAAAAAAAACAAAAAAAAAUCACACCGGAUGUCGACCUGUCCCUCAGCUGUGCCUCGACCGCACAAUGAAUGUAUUGUCUCAGAGCACCUUUAAACAAAGUGGAGGUGUGUGUGUGUGUGUGUGUGUACGCCCAUGUUGCCUCUGCUGCAGUUUGCAGCAUAUGAAAAUAAAAAAAAAUAAAAAACCAGGACAAGAUUAAACAUGCAACCAAUGGACCCAAAGGACCUUUGCUUCAUUCUAAUGUGCGUUACCGUGGUAACCCGUAGUUUACCUCACUAUAGAGUUCUAUGCCGUGUUGGCUGAGAUGACACAAAGCGAGUAUUGACGGUUCAUUGUAUGUAAAUAGUUCCACUGCAGACCUAUAGUAGCAUUAUCAACAUCAUCGUCAUCAUCAUGUCACCCCCUGCUGAGGCCCCUUUGGAUUAGGUACAACGCUAAGAGGAGGAUGGUUAUAAGUUUAAUAAAUUAUAUAUUACAUAUAUCUUUAUAUGAUGUGGUAUGUGUGUGUGUGUGUGUGUUCUGUGGCCUUAAUUCUUUUUGUGUCCAAAAAAUAAAAAAAUAAAAAAUAAUUGGAUUUGUUCCCAACCGUUCAAUAUAUAAAGAUCACACCGGCCUCGUCCAAUGAAUGAUCGCUUAAUUGAUUGAUUGAUUGAUUGAUUGAUUGAUUGAUUCCCCCGCCCCCCGCCCACAAUCCCGUCCUCUCCUCUCGUGCUCGACUUAUUUAAGGCUUUUUGAAACGUGUUGCCUUCAAGUGCUUUGGAAACUUGUAAUGUUUCUUUUCCAUGUUUUGUAAAACUGUUUUAGAUUUUUUGGGAGAUGAUUUUUUUUUUUUUUUUAUGGAACUAGAGUUGGGUCCUCUUCCAAGUAUACUGAAACCCUUAUUUUUGUGUCUUUUUAAACCUCCACUUUAUCUAGCCCAAGAACAGAUGAUGGUUGUUAUACUGCAUAUAAUACAGGCUGUAUUUUGUACUUGUCACAAUGUGUUAUAAUAAACUGGCGUAAACCAA